GUCUAGCCUCUCUCGUGACUUCAUGACUUCGUAGUUCGGUCGUUCGGUGACGCUCUCCAACGCUCUCCGAGACAACGGACGAAUAAAGGGUAUCGGGCGAGCGGGGUGUUAUCGCGUGUCGAACGAACGGGUUGAACUCGCGCGCGCGUGUGUGAGAGAGAGAGAAAGUGAACGGAGAUAUACCCGCGACCCCGCGAGUGAGAGAUACGGAUUACGGACAGACCGGAGAAACGCGGACGAACCGAGAGAACCGGAGGAACGGGAGAGAGUCUCAGACUGGAGAGCGAGCAGCGCCAUCAAGCAGCGUGAUAAAAUGAAUCGCGAGAGGCGGCUGUGAAGGGGACCAUUGACUGAACCGAACCACCAAGGACCAGCCGCGACCAACCAUCGACCGUGUGCGGUACCACCGUCCACGGCACGAGUGAAAAUUGAAUUAGCGGGCCGCGAUCGAGUAGCCCCCGUGGACCCGUGGAUCACCGGCCGGUUGGGUCCCAACUCCUCCCCCUCUUUCCCCCACCUUCCCCGGAGAGUCGGCUGCGGGGCCGACGUGAGGCCGACGGCGGCGGUGGCGGUGGCGACGGCGACGGCGACGACGACGACGACGACGACGACGACGACUAGCCAGGAGAACGAGCGCGAGCGAGCGCGUUAACAACGAGGUUUUCUGGAGGAACACCGGAGUCGCCGAGAGAAAGAGAGAGAGGUGGUCGCGGGGAGAGAAGAAAAAAAGAGAAACUGCCGGAGGACUGAGGAGGCUCGCGUGAGACGCGACUGCGAGCUCUUUACGUAGGGAAUAUCAUCUUUGCAUAAGCAAUGGCGGCGUUACCACGGAGGAUUAUUAAAGAAACUCAAAGAUUAAUGCAAGAGCCAGUUCCUGGUAUCAGCGCCGUGCCAGAUGAUACAAAUGCUAGAUAUUUUCACGUAAUAGUAACGGGACCUGAAGAUUCGCCAUUCGAAGGUGGAUUGUUUAAGCUUGAAUUGUUCCUACCAGAAGAUUACCCAAUGUCCGCACCGAAAGUUAGGUUUAUCACAAAAAUAUAUCAUCCAAAUAUAGACAGAUUGGGCAGGAUUUGCCUGGAUAUCCUCAAGGACAAGUGGAGUCCAGCGCUUCAAAUCAGAACAGUUCUGCUAUCCAUACAAGCGCUCCUGAGCGCGCCGAAUCCCGACGAUCCUUUGGCAAAUGAUGUAGCUGAACUUUGGAAAGUCAACGAAAGCGAAGCGAUACGUAAUGCCAAAGAGUGGACUCGAAGAUACGCUAUGGACAACUGAUCUCAGCCUUGUCAGAUCGCCCACGACAAAGCAAAGCGACGUUACUCCUACCUUUCCCAGACUUUUGAUCACCUUACCCGCACCAACUGCGUAUCCGACACCUGUGUCCACAAUUUUGCUAUAAAAAUAAUAAAAGUUUUGUAAGAGUAAAACAGAAUGGAUAUUUUCUAUAUCGUGGGGGAAAUGCAAAAGCACUGUUGAAUUUAUUCAAUCGCUCAUUGAGAAACUUCGUAAAUAUCUUCUUCCUACAUUAACGUUGCGCAAGAGGAAGCCUCUCUUUGUGAGAAGAUGCGAUGAGAUAUGUUACAUAAGUUUGAAAUUAUAUUAAGGAAAAGUACGCGACAUACAAUUCUUUCAAUAUAUUGCUGCUAGUGCAAUUUGCAACUUGUACUUUCCUUUUUCUUCCUAAUGUAUUAUUUAAAGAUGAGAUUGAGAGAUCUACGUUUUGACAUGUGACAUUCUUUUCUUUGAAACAAAUUUAUUAUGUAUGCUAACUGGUUGUCUCUGUCUAAUACACCAUAGAUUUAAGUAUCCUUGCAUACGUAGACUAGAGAACGAUAAGGCCGAUCUGUAAUAGAGCUAUUAUUUAUCUCACAUGUCUUAUAAAUAUUAUAUUAAAGGAGAUACGAAAGCAUUUUCAAUCUAUGUAAACUUAAGCGUCUUUCGACAUCUACGAUUAUUUCGUUGCGAGGUGUAGAUUAUCGCGAAAGCUCUUUAAUUUUCAAUGUAUAAUAAGGAGAAACGUUUGAAUACAUUUGAUUUGUGCUAAGAAAAGUUGAGCUAUAAGUGAAUAGAAAUCUUCCAUUAUGUUAAUAAUGAUUGCCAAUUAAUUGCUUAUAAUGUGUAAAUAUAAGUAAGGAGAAUAGAAACAUUUUUUAUUGUGUCUCACAAUGAACAAAUUCUGUUCGUUAAGAUACAAUAAAUUUUAACAUAGAGAAAAUCGACUCGAUUAAAAUACAUAAAAAGAAUAUUGUUUUAUGACGACUGCUUACUUGAAGGAGACAAUGUAAAAUACAUAGUUACACACAUAUACAUAUAUAUAUAUAUACGUAUAUUAUUUUCCGUAAAUAUUUUCCAUUUGAUAAGUAAAAUUAACGAUCGUAACGAGAAUUGAACAUACGCAAAAAAUAGUUAAAUUUACAUACGUUGCACAUUAUGUAAGUAAAUAAAUAGAAAAAUAGUAGAAACAAUAUCUUUGUAACAAAACGGUGGCAAAGGAAUAUAUAUAGUAUAUAUAUAUUGAUAGACAUAUUUAACACAAUUAUCACAACGCAUUGGCUCAAUAAAUUAAUCUUAAUAUUGAUAUAAUCGGCUUAAUAAAAAAAUGUCAAUGAUUUAUACCUAAUGUACGUUUUAUUGCAUCAAAUGUGAGAAAAAGUACAACCAGUUAGUAUAUAGGUAUCCACAAAAUGGGGACAUUGCAUUAAUGAUCCUUUUUUUUUUAAUAAUUACAACAGAGAGGUUUUGUAAUCUAAGGACACGGGAAUAGGUUAAAACAAUUGUAGAUAAUCUGCAAUAAUAAAGAAAUUAUUAUUAAGAG